UUAUUAAUUUUUAAUUACAGGCGUCUAUCAGCCUUCGUCGCUCAGUUUUACUGUUAUUUUCAGCCAUAGCUUUCUUUUACACAUUCAUUCAAACGCCGUUCCUUUGGGGUGUCUAGGUCAAAGGCCGCGGUCUGGUUGUCUAAAGCUUAUCGCAUAAUAAUCUUCCACCAGACAACACUUUUUAGUAUUUAAUCAAAAGGAACCUUGGUUCCUCUUUCAUUUUUACUCGAAAACAUAAGAAACAGCCAAAAAGGAGCAACCGUCCGUAGAAGCUCCUUUUAGGGGCAAAAGUAAGGAAAAGGAAAACUUACCUUUAUUUCGCCUGGGGUAUUUUAUUUAUUUUUCAUUUUGUGUUGGGGUUUAACAAAAUCGAGUGAUGUUGCAGACUUGGUUCAUUUGUAUAACUUGUCCUUAAUCAUACCAUGUGUGAUUCUGCCGACCCUGCGCUCUUUGCGUUCGCAGUUGCGCAGUCGUUUAACCGUCAUAUCCACAAACUGUUACGUAACUGCUUCAUUAAUCAGGAUUCGUUCACUUUCUCCUUCGACAAAACCCGUUUUAGAGGUAGGAAGAGAGAGAAUCCUACGAACAAAAUUGAAGGCCUGUCUCGCACUUUUUGAGUACAAAGACUUCCUUUCCACCACAUUUCUAUUUUUGUUCCUUACAGGGUGCUAGCCAUGGGAAACAGCGUGGAUUGUUGUUACAACUCACGCUGGUCUUACCAGUGCAUUUUCCCUUGCAUUCGUUUUUGUACAUACACAGGACGCCGGGUCUUUUACAACUAUGACGGCAUGGAAAAGGUUCAACCACUCGUCCAUAUUUACCACCCCCGGAACGAGCGCGUUCACUCUCUUCCAGAUGCUUUCUAUGGCAUUGAUGACGACGAUGAUAUACAAAAUCAAAUCAAAAGCCAUAAAGGGCUUGACGGCGCUGGUCAGAUCGCGGCGUUGUGCAAGUAUGCAGCGGACAAUGGUUACACCAUUCGCGCCGUGGGCACAGGUUCCUCUUGGUCUCGUCUCACCCAUACUAGAGACAUACUUGUGGUCAUGACUGAUUUGAACAAGAUUCUCACGUUCCCAAAGAUAUUGGAGGAUUCACAGUCGGAGGAUUCAGAAAUGGAAACAACGGAAAUGAAAUAUGAAGUCGAAGUACAAGCCGGGAAACGCGUUGUAGAUUUUGUCGAGGAACUCGACCGGGAUCAUCACAAGGCGCUCAAGAUGAUGGGCAACUACGCAGGCCAAACGGUUGGAGGAGUGGCGAGCACUUCCACUCAUGGAUCAGGAUGGUUCAGUGGAACAAUGUCCACUUUUGUGGUGGGUCUUCAUUUAAUCGUACGUGGUGGAAUCCAAGUGAAAGUACGUGGCGGCCCCGAAACCAUUGCGGAUUGCGAAGCAAAGAUCGAUGGAGCCAAAUACGGAGACGACCCAGUCGAGAUCAAAAGUAGUGAGGUGUUAAAGGCAUGUCAAGUAGGGUUAGGAUGUAUGGGGGUGAUCUACUCCAUUACAUACAGCUGUGUUCCCAUGUACAAGCUGGAGGAAAUCAGAAGAACGGAACAGGUCUCUUGGCCAGAAGUUACGACGGAAGACGACGAAGGCAACAACGACGGUGACGAUGCGUUAAUGGGAAAGAAGUUGCAAUUAGGGGAGGUUCUUGAAAAGGUUGCUAAAAUGUACAAGACGAAAGAUGCAGAAUAUUUCUCGUUUUUCGUCAAUCCAUACCCGCAAGGACCAAGGAAUGACAAGCAUAUUGAAAUGGCUUACUUGAAAGCUUUCAAAACAGAUCGUAGACCAACCUGCUGUGCUUGUUGCUCAUGCUGUUGUAAUUGUUGCGGGGGAAGAGGAAUAGCGGACCUAGGCUGCAUGCAGACAGACUGCACAGCCUCUUGCCUCCAGGGAUGUGCCAAUUGUUGUCCCACUCGUAUUCCACAGCUCACCAACUUCGGUGUGUCACAGUUCUCGUUCGAAAAACCGUAUCGGCAGACAUGGUACAACGUGCUGCAGUUCACGAAAGGCAAUAUCCACGUUCGCACAGCAGAAUGGUGCUUACCGUUGGAACACCUCCAUAGUGCCCUGACCAUGGUGAUAAAACUGGCUCAAGAUUACGCAGAAAGGCAUAAACAGUAUUCUUUGCUACCAAUGUAUGUGAGACUUGCACGUUGUGAUGAUUUGUUCCUGAGCCCUGCAAGCAAGUUUAGACCUGACGGAACUAUAAAUCAUCACAGCUGUUACAUUGAGGUACCAUUUCUCCCUGGAGCAUACGGCAUUGACGAGUUUCAGGAGACGGUAGAGAACAAGCUAUGUGAGGAGUUCAAGGCAAGGCCACACUGGGGAAAGAAUAAUCGCCUCAACCAGUCUAAGAUCGAGGCGAUCUACCACAAGGAUAGCCUGGAAAAAUGGGGGGAAGUGUACAGGAUAUUUAACAAAGGAGGACCGUUUGAAAAUCUCUUCACACAUCAUAUGGGUUUUGCCAAGUUGUUUGAUUAUCCAAUCGAUAAGCAGCCUUCUGCCUAAGAAGUAACGUUUCAGUACCUUAUUUUGUCGCUCUUAAGUAUAGGAAGAAGCGCAGUAGUUUAUAGGUAGAAUUCUCAUAUGUAUACACUGGUUGACAGUCUUCGGUAAUCAACGCCUAGAAAACAACAUACUAAGAUGUGUUACCAGAUGACCUGGAAUAACCUACCCUACGAGCACUAAGAUGGAACCGGCCAAUCAAAUCGUGCCAUUUAACCCUUUAACUCCCGUGAGUGACCAAGACAGAAGUUCUCCUUACUAUAUCUGUACAAUAUCAUGCAGACAAGUGAUGGGAAUAAAGAAAAAUAUCAAUCAUAGAAUUACUAAUUAACUGAUCCGAUACUAAAUUCUCUGAACUAACAUUAAAAGAACUGUAUGGUUGGCAGUAAGGAGAAUUACAAAUUUGAUCUGGGAGUUGAAGGGUUAAGAAUCAUCUUCUAGAGUGUCUUACAAAAUAAAUGUAACCCAUCAGAGCAAUGUAUAAAAGUUGACUUGAUAGAGCUAGUGGGACAAUAUCGACUGAUAAUAGAAUUCAAUUUUACAACUUGGCAGAUCUGACCAUUGCCGUAAAAAGAACUGAAAUAGCCAAAUAGAAAUUCAUAACUAGCACUCUUAAAACAGCUUGUUUCACUGAUAGUUUUAAAAUGAACAGAAGUUAUUGUUUAUUUGCCGCUAUUUGAGGGGGUUUCAUGCAGUUGUAGCUAAUGUAGCCUUUUUU